AUGGUAGACAGGGUUCAGCUGUGUUUAUCGGCUAUAGAUGGCGAUCACUCCGGUCUUGAUCUGAGUCAUAGUGUGACUGCGGCGGCGCCAAGCGUCUCUUCAACUCCGAAUCCACAGCCCUUACCUCGUACCAAGAUCGUAUUUCUUUAUAGUGACGAAGAAGAGGAUAGCCCGCGUGGUGAUAAUCAUCCGAGCACAGGUGAUUUAAUAGGGACAACAAAUACCCUCGUAAAUGGUGCUGAUCAUAGUGCAUCGUUGCCAUUAGCCCCUCACACGCGAGUUGUGCCGUGCCCUGACCCUCUUCAACCCGAUCCCGAGACCUUAAUGGAGCUUCAGGCGGAUGCGCUAAACGCUAAGGAUGGGAAGAAUGCGGAGCAAGAUCACUGUGAAUAUAGGGAAGACGUGGUGGGUUCCGUGUCGGAGUCGUUCCCAGUCUUUCCCACCCCUUCCGCGGAGGGCGCGUGGGCGAGUGUGGGGAUUCGUACACGAGUGGUUCCCAUCACGCCCCACGGCUUGACCGCGGCCACGAUGGGAGGUCCCAAGACCCAAGGCGAUGCCUCAUCGGCCGGGCAGGCACCGCUGCGACGUGGUCUGACGACCGAGGAGCUCGCACGCUUUCAGAGCCGAAAACGUCUGCGAGAUGAUAGCGACGAGGAUGUCGAUGAAUGCGGUUCUGAUCCUUCUCAAGAAAAUAAUACAAAGGGUGGUACGGAUGAGACUCGUGAGGAAAGCGAGAUUGUGGAGGCAGGGUUGGAAGCCAUAGUCGAUGAGGACGGCUCAAUCGUCCGAGCGAUCCGAAAUGGACCGUACUGCCUCACAGUCGACGAGCGCGACUUGAUUGAGGAGGAUCAGGGGCUCGAGGACGGGCCCGCGUCAUGUGAAAAGGAUGGCAUGGACUCGUUUGCUGAUGUUGCUGCUGAUGCGUUGCCUAAUGGUUCCAAGGAUGAAUGUGACCUAGGCGAUGAUUACGAUGAAGACGAUGAAGAUAGUUCUGACGCUGAAUACGAACUGGACGAGUGCCUUGUUGUGGCUGUGGUUGAGCAACUUGUGCGAUGUUGUGAGUCCGAUGAUUUAGAUCCCAAGAUGGAGCGUGAGGCAAGUCGUUUUUUGAGUGUUGCUAAGCCCCUUCUAGCGCAACUAGAAGACGAAACAAUAUCCUCGAGCGCAUUCGCGCAGUUAGUCGAUCGCGAUGUGCGUCGCUUUAAUCGAAUCUUUAGAAGUGUCUACCGACCCCGUGACGAGCCUAUUGUGAUUGAUGGAGUUCAGAUGGAUCUCUGA